CAGAAGUAUCAGGUGCUCUCUUUCGGCACUCGAAGUGUUUGCAGCCAUGGCGCGUACAGCGCCGGCACUGACGGCGCUGCAGCGAAGGGCGGCAGAGCGAAGCUAUCCGCCUGUUCCUCCACGGUGCUGUGUCACUGGUGGUAGUGGCUUCGUUGGUCAACGACUGGUCGAAAUGUUGGUGGAACGCGGCGCUGAGCGGGUGGUCUCCUUCGACAUUUUGCCGCAGCCGCCCUCUGCGUGGCAGGACUCCCGAAUUGUUUACAUGCAAGGCGACUUGCGCAGUAUGGAGGACGUGUCCAAGGCUGUCAAUGGAGCAGACUGCGUUUGGCAUGUUGGUGCAGCUGUGGGCCCCUUCCAUCCCAGCUCGUUAUACGAGGAUGUGAAUGUGGGCGGCUGCCGUAAUGUGGUGCAGGCCUGUUUGGAGGCGAAGGUCCCAAAGUUGGUGAUGUCGUCCUCGCCCUCCACACGCUUCGAUGGCAGUGAUAUCGACGGGCUCCUUGAAACUGAGCUGCCCAGCCUUCCACAGAAGUUCUACUUGCAAGAGUAUGCCGAGACCAAAGCAAAAGGUGAGUUGGUCGUCACCGCCGCCUGCUGUGAAAAACUGAUGACGGUGGCGGUAGCUCCGCACCAGGUUUAUGGCCCACGGGACACGCUCUAUUUGCCCAACUUCAUGGAGACCGCCGCCACAGGAAAGCUGCGAGUUUUUGGCAAUGGCAAAAAUCGAGUUUGCUUCACCUACGUGGACAACUACUGUCAUGGGCUAAUCCUUGGUGAACGAGCUUUGUUUCAGGGCAGCCCGGCUUUGGGAAAAUUUUACAUUGUCACAGAUGGAGACACACAUCCCCACAAGGAGGGCUACGCAUACUUGUGGGAGGAAAUGGAUCGCUUUGCUGUGGGCUUGGGCCUGGCUUCAGUCCUAAAGAAGUUUCAUCUCCCACAGUUCUUCAUGUAUUUCCUGGCAUACGUGUGCAACGUCAUCACCUUCUUCACAGGGACCAAGAUGAAGCUGAGCCCGUUCAGCGUGAAGAUGCUGGUGAUGCAUCGAUGGUUUCGUACUGAUAGGUCCAAACAGGAUUUGGGCUAUGAGCCCAUCAUUUCAUUCAGAGAAGGCUGGGAUGAUUCCAUUGAUUGGUUUCGUCGUGAGUGGCUUCCGAAGUAUCUGGACAGAACCAGAGCAAGUAGUUAUGGUGUGAUUCAUCACGGAUCACAGGCAAAGAUCGACGGGCAGAACAAGAAGCGCUCCGAGUAAACGCUCCCGAAAAGCGUUGCUGAGGUUACCGAUCGGCUGAGUGGUGCAAGAUGCCCACAGAAUCUCUUUUUCUUUGCUGCGGCUGAGCGCAGCUCAACAUUUUCCAACUAAAGCUGGCAGAAAGUGAUCAGUGUUUGCCUCCUGUCACUGCCUGGCUUAAGAUGAUAGGAAGUAUGGAUGCUCUGCCAACAUAUUGUCUGCGUAUGUCGU